AUUCUGUUUCUCAAAAUCUCAAAGACAUAAACUAAAAGAUAAAGUAGAAGACAAUCACCUUUAGUUUGUCAUGUUCUCACUUUUGAAAGAACCGUUGUUUACGCAAAAGAUUUUUGGUUUUUUUCGUCAUAAACGGUAAAUUUCUUUGAAAAAACUCACAAAAGUUGCGUGCAUGUAGAAAAAUUAAAACUAAGAGUUAUUCUCCGAAAAGUCUUCGAUCCUUCUAAUUUUCGACCAUCUUGAAUUUUAGACACUGAAAAACACUCUCGUAUGCAGAAGUGCUUUCUCCUUCUUGGCUGUUCUACGAUCAGAAAGAUUUCCUGUUUACUAUCUUUGUUUACAGUGCUUCAUUCUUCCUGCUUAUUGUUUACUUUUAGAUAUAUUUUCUUUAUUCAACGACGACUUAUAUUAUUACUUCGACGGAUCACAUCCCGAAGAAAAGACCGGUAAGAUGUGAUCCGUCAAGUUUCGUACUAAGUUAAUAUGAGAUGAAUGUAAGAUUAUGUGCGGCAACAGAGGUUUUAAGGUCGAUCUGUUGGAACUAUCUUCUACUACAGGUGGUCUCUUUCACCCAUUCUACAUUUCUCACCAUAUCUGACUUUAGCUUAGUCGAAAAGUCGGACAUCGUACUAUUUUUCUCAUCGCUAUAUCUUGCUAUGCGCAAGAUGGUUUUUGUGCUUGAUUAGAGAUAGAAAAACAGUACGAUUUCUGCCUCUUCGACCAAGUUAAAGUCAGAUAUUGUGAGAGAUGUCAACUAGGUGAAAGAGACUGCCUUUAGGAGAGAAAAAUGUCUCAGGAACUGCGCUAUAAAAUAAUGAAUCUAAGGCGUUGCAACGCAGUACGAUCAGUCAAAUGAACUUGUUCCAACCCGUUUCUUACUCUAACGCAUUAGAAUGUGUACGACACAGAGCAGGUUCCAACGUGUUCAGAAAGAUUGAUCAAGUUUGAUAGAAUUUUAACUGGAACAAGUUGAUUUGAUCGAUUUCAUCGCGUUGCAACACGUUAGAAUGUCAUUUUCUGCCACUUUUCCCCCCGUUCUAAUGCGCUCGACUAUUCGCACACGUUCCAACGUACUUUUCUAGUUUUAAAAUUGCGAAUGUGCAAAUGAACGUGUUCACACAGGUUGGAGAGACGUCUAACUCGUUGCAGCACAUUGCUUAAUAUUUUUUGAACACGCUUUAACUGAUUUAUUAUUUUCUUCUAAACACGUUGGAACUUUCGUUCGAGUGAUAAAAUUAUCUCACGCGUAUCUUCUAAUAAUAAAUCAAAUGCUGAACAAUCAGCAAUUCAGCAGCACGUCUGGUACUUGUCCUUUUCAAGAACUAAAUUUACUUGUAAGUACUUGUCCUCACUUGCCGAGUACUUUCAGAAAGUACUUCUUACAUAAUAAGGCAAGUAUUUCGAUCCUUGACAAGCAGUUAGCAAGUAAUCAAGUACUUGCAUCAAGUACGUUCUCUAGGGCAAUAAACCAUCGACAUAUACGCUGUUUUUCUAUGUUUUCCUUCAUAUUGAUCUUUCUUGCAUCGCUUUUCGCAGUGAUGGCGUGAUUUGUGAAUAAUUCGAUUAUUUCUCUGGUAUAAAUACAUAUCUACUUGAGGAGGUCUGAUAACAUAACAAAAACAUUUAAAACGAAAAGUGGUGAAAUCACGAAACAUCAAGGGUAAAUAUUGUUACAUGAAGAGUUAAGUGAAUAAAUUAACGAUGCGAAAUGCUCGUAGUUAUCGUAUUGUUGUUUUUCAGAUAAAAAUCAAUAUGAAUGGCAUAAGUGGUUGUGUGGCUAUUCUUCUUCUGAUUGGUGUUAUGAUCAUGAGUAUAAAAUCAAUACAUUCGGACGAUAUCUCAUAUGAUACCAAUUUAUUGAUCAACGGUGAUGGUGAAUGGGGCCAAUCUUCAGAAGUUUAUGAUAGAAGUGAAAACGACAUUUCUGAUGAUGAGGGUGGAAACGAUAUUUCUGGUGAUGAGAGUGAAAACGACUUUUCUGUUGAUGAGAGUGAAAACGAUAUUUUUGGAUGGAGUAUUGUUUCGGGAGCGCCAUCUCUGGUCGCUUAUUCGACAGCCUGGUGGUCGACUGGUGGUGGUCUAUCUGGUACAUCAGAUGAUCCAGGAUUUUAA